AUGGAUACCAAUGCCUUAAUUAGUUAUCUAGAUUCGCAUAAUGCCGAAUAUGAAGAAUGGUACAGAAUCAGUAAGGAGAAAUAUUUACGCAUUGCCAAAUCCUUAUUCGGUUCUUUGUCGAAUUGCAAUACUACAGUUCUGGAAUCUUGCAAGUUCAACUCGCUUCUGAGAGUUGUGCGAACAUUUUUGGAUAAGAGCGAGAUAUUUGAAGAUUGGAAGAGCGUGAAGAGCUUGAUUGACUUUAUACUUCUAAAUGUAGGCGUUAAAAAUGAUCGUGGACAGAAAGAAAUUACCAUGCAGUUACUCACUUUGUUGGUUGAUAUUCUGGAGAGAACAAAACCAAUUCAUUCGAAGAAUAUCUUGGAUAAGAAACGAAUUCUUGAUACAAUCUCGUCAAUAUUGAGUGAUGAUAUUGAUAUUGCUCUGUCUAUAUUGAAAAUUAUAGACGUUGUAUUGAAGAUGGAAGGAGUGGUCAAGUAUAACAUUGAUAAUUUGUUUCAAAUAAUUAUUAAAUUGUUGUUUUCCAAAGAAGAUGUAAAACAAUUAUGUUAUCUCUCUAAAAUUGUCUUCACUAGACUAUCGAAACUGGAGGAGAAAACAGUGAACCCAAUAUUUCGCUGGAUUUUGAAUGAAAGUAUAUCAUACAUAAUGAAGGUGCUCAAAAUCAACCAAUAA